GUGUGAACCUCCUCCCAGAGCAUAUUGCGUCCGUCCGUUGUAGGCUGCUGUCGAGGGUCCUUCCCGUUUUUGCACCGAUAUACCUACCACUGACCCUGCCACCGCACCUUUUCGCGAUCCCAGCAACCGGGCGAGGAGCUGAGCAAACUGUGAGAAAGAGCAGCGGAUUGGACGGUAUUGUGCGGAUUCGGUUGCGCGGAAAUUUAUCAUUUUCUGUACACCAACAAGCACCGAAUGAACGUGUACUCGAGGUUUAUAGUUUUCGAUUGUGGAAAGUCGCCGUCGCAGCAGCAGCAGCAGUAGGAGCAGUAGCCAGUGGCAACUGUGACAGAAAGAGAGAUACAUUUCUUAGGUGGUUCUUCUUGUGGAGCAUGUUGGUAGUGCAGCAAUUGCAGCAAGUACACAGAGUGCAGUGCAGGCAGAGCACAUCCACUGGGCAUGGAAGAAGGUAGAUCUCGUGACGGUUCGGCAGCUCGUCAGUGAUGAGAUGUGAAUUCAGUUCUGCUAGGUGAAAGAAUUGCAAUCCUCAUCCGACAGUGAGCGGUUGCAGAAGAAAAUUUCGGAGCGCGUGGAUCAGUAGUGAAAUUAGCUUUUAGAAAGCAAUCAGAACAAGUUAGUACGAGUUAUAGGGUGAGUCAUUUUUCGUUAGCUAAAGCACCCAAAAGUAGCAGAGGAAGGAGUACAGAAGUGGGAGAGUUAGAUCGGCUUACCGUGAAGCAAUCUAAAAUUUAUAGGAAAAGCCUAGGUCAAUAACGUACAUAGUGAUGUUUCUUUUGAUACCCUAGAGAGAUAGAGAGUCACUAAGUCGGUUGAUUUAUUCGGUCCGGUCUGUUGUCGUCGUUGACGUCUUCAUCGUCAUAUAUUGUGAAAUGUGGGAUUUUCAAAAACCUACAUGUGUGUGAAUGCCACUGCUAAUCGUAGCAAAAAGUGAAGGCUAGCCGAUAAGAAAAGGUUACACGAACAGCGAAAGCUGAUGAACAGGCCAAGGCGAAGAGUCAUUGAAAAUAACUUUAUUUUCGCGAUCAUCUAUUACUAACGCCCUACAGUGAGCUAGCUGCAAGUGAGUGUUAGUUUCGGUCGGUUGCGUUUUUUUCGCUGACCGUGUGUUCUUCUUUUUUGUUUUUGGUGCUCGUGGUGUUUAAACGUUUUUCAAGGAGACAGUCAACAUUUUGCGGUGCAAUUUCUGUGCACACAUACUCAUUAGCAGAGCAUGGUAUUGCUUCUAAGUUGAAGAUCUCCGCAAAAUGGUGUACUACACGGGACUGCCACUGCUGAUGCAGCAGGCCGAUGGCAGUGUAAUGUCGCAGCUCUGCUUUAGCAGCAAUACGGCGACAAACGACCAGCGCAGCGUUGAACAGUCGCUUCAGCAGCAGCAGCAGCAGCAACAGCAGCGAAUACAGUUCCAACAGAAAGUAGUCAACCUAAGUAGCAGCAAUGAUCUGAACAACCACCAGUUAGCAUCAUCAAGCACAUCCACACAAACCAGUGCAAGUAGUAGUGCUUCUUCGCCACCAAUGGCGGUCGCUUUCGGGAACUAUCAAACGGCUGGAGCUGGUAUGGUUGCGACUAAUUUAAUGCCGCAGCAGUCAAGCACCUCCGUAGGCUCGAAAUUUCGUUGCGAGCAAUGUAAUAUUAACUUUGGAAGCAAGAGUGCCCAUACCAGUCAUAUGAAAUCUCAUGCCAAGCAUCAGCAGCAGCAACAGCAGAUUCAGCAGGGAAUGCUGUUGGAGGGUAAAGUUGUGGGAAACAAGCCGGUAAAUGCGGCAGCUAUUGCGAUCCCAGGGGCGGCCAGUUCGGCCGAUCCGUACCAGUGCGAUGUAUGCAAGAAAACGUUCGCCGUUCCGGCAAGAUUGGUGCGACACUAUCGUACCCAUACCGGAGAGCGGCCAUUCGAGUGCGAAUUUUGCCAUAAGAUGUUUAGCGUCAAGGAGAACCUGCAGGUUCAUCGACGGAUACACACCAAGGAGCGACCGUACAAAUGCGAGAUUUGCGAUCGUGCCUUCGAGCACAGCGGAAAGCUGCACCGGCACAUGCGAAUUCAUACCGGCGAGCGGCCCCACAAGUGCAGCGUCUGCGGAAAAACCUUUAUUCAGUCGGGCCAACUAGUCAUUCAUAUGCGAACGCAUACCGGCGAAAAACCCUACAAAUGUCACGUAGAAGGCUGCGGCAAGGGUUUCACAUGUUCAAAACAGUUGAAGGUACAUUCGCGUACGCACACCGGUGAGAAACCGUACCAUUGUGAUAUUUGCUUCCGUGACUUUGGCUACAACCACGUGCUAAAGCUGCACAGGGUCCAGCACUAUGGUUCCAAGUGCUACAAGUGCACCAUUUGCGAGGAAACAUUCAAAAGCAAGAAGGAAAUGGAAGCGCACAUUAAAGGACAUGCGAAUGAAGUCCCAGGGGAGGAGGACACCGAUAACAAGACGACUGUGACUUCUACUAUGAGUGCGGAAUCAAGUCGAAGUACUCCGGAAUACUCGUCAAGCUCGAGCAAUAUGGCGGCGCCUGAUACACUAAUGGCCGAACAUCCGAUGGAGCUGGAGGAGAAUCUGCCGGUUGCCCACAUGGAAAUACGUGAGCAAAACAGCAACGGAAGCAGCAGCAGCAGCAGUAGCAAUUGCAGUGACCUCAAUAGUAAAGACACUCGUUUCCCGGAUGGGAUUCACUACUACUCUCAGUUUGAGCAGUCUGUUCUCCGAAGUUACGGCGUGCAGUCCGGCGUGAAUCCGGCACUGCUGGCAGCGGCUUCGAUCGCUGCCGCCGCCACUGUGUCUGGUCUAGAGUCACACGAAACGCAAAGCAAUAAAAGUCCCUCUCCUCCGCCACUUACGUUUAUCAUGUCGCCGCAACAGCAACAGCAGCAGCAAUACCAUCAACAGAUAGUGACCUCAACCGCGGGACGGUUGUCACCAACGAUGGCACAGCCUUCGCAACUGCCAGUCGACAUUGUCACUGAACAUCAGCAAGUACAGGCACACGUAUAUCCACAACAGCAGCAUCAACUUCCGGAACAGCAGCUUCAUUCCCAGCCAAUGCAGUCCAACAGCUCGAAAGCUAUGAAAUUUGAACCGAUGGCCAUCAUGAAGAACCACGGAUACUUUGCGCCUGCUUCACAGGCUACCGACUUCAGAACAUCCAGUGACAUCGUGCGGCAGGUUGAGGCAGCAAUCGCUGGCACGGAAAGUCUUCUGACUCCGCCGCGAUCAUCGCCAGAGUCUCCAGAUCGUUCGUCAUCGCCUGAAUCCGACUCAGUAUUAAUGGCCAAUCGGGACAACAAUACGCUACCGCCUCGGAAGCGAAGGCUGUACUUCAAGGAUCAACCAUCGCGGGCAAUCGGCACCGAUGAUACGGAACUAAGAGUACUGGGCCCGGUAGCAAAACCAGUCCCGGAAGUACAGAAACCCAACGCUCAGUCAUCGUCCCAACCGGCGAUGCGCAUGAGCUCGGUAAUACAGUACGCCAAAUCAUCCUACGAGUGAGGACAAACCCGUUAAUCAAACCAAUGGCCAUAUUCAUGAUUCGUGUACGUUUGGGACAGACAGCAUACUUUGAGCCGAAACCGGCAUCGGAAGGUCUGUUUUGUCUACCGAAAUAUUUUCGUUUCUAUAUUAGAAUAGUAGCUGCGGUUAGUCGGCUGAUUCAGGAAGGAAAAAAAGCAGACUUAUUAGAGGUUAGCUAAUUUAAAGGUAAUGUUUUUAGAAGAUAAUAUUUAUCUACAUACAACAACUAAUGCAUUAGAGUAUAGCGAGUUAGGCUUAGGAGAGUACAUACAUACACACACAUAAACAGACACACAUACUAUAUAUGAAGGAAGACUGUCUCAGGUUAAUCAGUCAUUACAAUUGAUAGGUGGAGCGCUCGUACUAGCAAAAAAAACGCCACUAAUUUGAGAUCCUGGGAACGGGAUGACGAUUGAGCAUGUUUUGGACAAAGGAAAUUAUUAAGACUGUUGAAAUGUCAAAAAAUUCUAGUAACCAAGAAUUAUUUUAGGGCGCCUAGGGUAAAGGUUGGGAAACUUACGAUCGUGUGUGUCGAGAUCGGAACAGAGAUAGGCUAUAUUUUAUGAAAAACAUUGUAUCGUUUUGGAUAAAGAAACACACGCCAGUGAAACCGUAAGAAUAAUAAUAUAACAUGCAAAAAUCUUGCUAUAUUAAAGUCCGAUGGCCAUGUGAAAAAGACUAGUUUUAUAUAGUGGUGAAAAAUAUCAGCAGGCACAGACGCAAAAGAAGUGAAAAGGAUAGACUGUAAUGCCCAAAAUUGAACCCUAGCUUAUAAGAAACCCAAACAAGAUCAGUUGUGUGUCGAGAGAGAGGGAGCGAGAAGAAAAAAAAUACCGAAAUUAGUAUUUAAGCAACAAUUUUCCGAACCCAAAAAACUUUCACAAUCCUAUUUUACAUUAAUCGGUAGGCAUAUUGAAGAGAACGUCAGUGAAUGAACUCAUUUAUACUUGAACAGUAACAUUUGCAAGCAUCAAAAAUACCACUACACCCACUGCCAACAAAGCGAACGAUAAAUCAAUCGAGUUAUCAGGUAACCAAAAAAAAAAAAACAAACGCACCAACACAACCCAGUGACGCAGCAGAAAAUUCUAAACCAUAAUAAUCAGGGAGUAUACCUGGCAGCACUGUACAGCCACGCGGCCAAAUUGUUUCCUCUUUACCAUACCAAAACUUUUUUGCGGUUACUACAAAACAGAAAAAAACUGGCAGUAAAGGCAACAAACAAUAACGAAAGAAUAUACCUCAAAUAUAUACAGAAAUGAUAAUCAUUGUUCGUUGGAAUUCGAAAUCAGCUGAAAACAUUGUACAUAUACAUCCCCGCUAUAUUCGGUAGUUGACUCGUGUUUGGUUCUGAUCUCCGUUUACUAUUAAUAAGUGUCUUCGGUAAAAAAUUAAGGACACUGUCCCAUCAGUGAGCCAACAAAUUUCUAUUUGUCUUUUUAUGCUUUAUGAAAGAUAUUUGUAAACUAUAAAAACAAACAUACAGAACAAUGCAUUUAAAAAUACUAUUUUGAAAAAAUAGUUACUAGGUUUAAACAAAAGCUGACAGGGCUGCACAAGCCGGUCUGCUCUGAGGAUAUAAAAUUUCGUGAUCUUGUUCUCUUAAGUUUUCACCCCUCGUUAGUGUAUCAGCAGUAUGGUUUCACGACCUUUAACCUUUUUUCUGUUUAUCGUUCAAGAUCCGCUGGUUUGGUUUUCGAUUUGAUUUGCCUCCGCAAAUCGGAUUUAACUGUGCUGUAGUUGGACUCUAAUAACAAUUGCUACGACAGUUUAAUGUUUUACAAAGAAGUAGCAAUUACAAAGUAAACAUUCUUACAGCUAAGCGCGAUUAGUGUUGACCCGGGCGCGUUACCCUUCGGGCAGACGCCGAAACAGAUGAAACCUAACAAAACUAGCCGAAAUUUGUUUUCCGCGCGCAGUAGGACGUGGUUCUGUUGAUCUGUUUUCCGUUUUUUCGAACGUUUUUUAUUCACACCAAAUAGGCAAAGGAAAAAUUUUCGUUACAUUUUCAUGGUUAUCUGUCAUGUACAUCUCUAUAUACCUUAUUGCAUUAUAAAGCAUAACCAAUUACUACACAUAAAUUUGAUAGGCAAUACUACGUGGAACAUUUUUACUAUGUAAAUUAAAAGAACCGUUUACCGGAGGAUUGAUGUCCGGUAUGGGGACAAUUCCCCGAUCAAUCAAACACAGCAAGAUGGUGUCGUUGUGGCGCGAAAAUUACGGUUUCCACCGAACUCGAAAUGCUGUAUCAUAAAUGAAACAAAAAACUCAAACCACUGCAAUACCACGUAUAGCAAAUACUAACAUAAACCAAUCAAAUUCACAAAACAAUUCGCUUUGUAGUUCGAAAUGCAUCAGCCGACAGCAUCGUGUUGGCACACAAAAGCAUAACCCAAUAUUGGAAAAGAGCAAUGAAAAAAAGUAAAACAUGUGAACUAACAUAAGAAUGCAAAUUGUAAGACAUCGAGUAAGGAAGACCGAUCGCUGAAUAAACCCGAUUUAUUAUAAUGAGUAAAACAAA